CAAAUAGAUAGUGGUGUGGGUUCUUUCCUUUAAUAAUUUGACUUUUUAGUUACCCCCUUCCUCACUCUCAAUCUUCUUAUAUCCCCCCCCAAGUUCCCGUAAUUUUCUUUUUCCAUGACAAAAAUUAUAUUACUACUUGAUCAUCCCUUGCUCGUCUGAAUCCGUAAACAAGAAAAACAAGAAGAAGAGUAGUGAAAUGGGUCUUUGUAAUUCAUCCCUUUCCUCUUCCUCACCGUCCAAAACAGGUCUUCAGAGUCAUGCCUCGACGAACAACCACAGCAAUGGAACAAACAACAGCGUCGGAGGAGGAAGCCAAUUCGUGGAGGCUUCGAGCGAGAGUUCCGGUGUGUUUAUGAGUGAUUCAGGGCAGGUAUUGGAAUCGCCAAAUCUCAGAGUCUACAGCUUUCUGGAACUCAAGACGGCGACCAAGGGUUUCAAACAGGAUUUGAUGUUGGGUGAAGGAGGUUUUGGUAAAGUUUACAGAGGUUGGAUCCAUGCCGAGAGGCCCGAGACUCUUGCUCCUUCUAAAGGCGGCUCCGGUAUGACCGUCGCCGUCAAAAGAUUGAGCUCCGAGAGUGUGCAAGGCUUUGAAGAGUGGCGAACAGCAGUUAACUUCUUGGGUGUGCUUUCACACCCGAAUCUGGUGACGUUACUAGGAUACUGCCGUGAAGACAAAGAGCACCUGCUUGUCUACGAGUUCAUGCCCAAAGGAAGCCUUGAGUAUCAUCUUUUUCAACGAAAGGAGUCUUUUCCUUGGGAUCUAAGGAUCAAGAUUAUGAUCGGUGCAGCACGUGGCCUUGCAUAUCUUCACGGCUUACAAAGACAAGUCAUCUACAGAGACUUCAAACCUUCUCAAAUACUGCUCGAUUCCAAUUAUGAAGCAAAGAUUUCAGGUUUUGGACUAGCAAAGUUAGGACCAUCACAAGGGAAUUCACACGUUUCGACUAGGAUCAUGGGAACAUUUGGCUACGCUGCUCCUGAAUAUUUGGCAACAGGCCAUUUAUACGUUAAAAGUGAUGUAUACGCCUUUGGUGUGGUCUUACUGGAAGUACUGACCGGACUAAGAGCGUGUGACCCAAAACGGCCUCGCGGACAAGAGAGUCUACUCGACUGGUUAAGACCUAAACUCUCAAGCAAACACAAAGUGAAACAAAUAAUAGACAAAGGAAUCAAAGGUCAAUACUCAUCCAAGGUGGUGACCGAAUUGGGACGUAUAACACUCUCUUGUACCGAACCAGACCCGAAAAACCGACCUCACAUGAAAGAAGUACUGGACGUACUCGAAAACAUCCAGUGCAUUAACGUCGUCCCAGGCCGUUCUUCCACUAAUUCGGCCGGUGCUAGUUCUUCUUAUUCCUCCCCACGUCACUAUUAGUAUUGGUAUCGAGUUCGCGCAGCCGGAGCUGAACGUCAGCGUAGACGGUCUGGAAUAAAGAAAUAAAAUGGUUGUAUGAUGAUCAUGAUGUUGUUUUUUUCAACGCACAAUAAGGUUUUAGAGUCUCUUUGGUUUGUGUUACAAAAAAAAAAAAGAGUCUUUGGUUUUAUGUUUUAAGAUGAGAGUAACUAUAAUGUGUUUGGCGAACAUAUUAUUUGUGUUUUGUGUACAAUAGGGUUGAAUUCUU